CGCCUGGCCAACGAGUUGAGUACGCCGCGCCGCUGUACGCGCAGGCACCCGCACUCCUGCUCCUGCGCGCCAAUGGAGGACAACGGCGGCGGCGAGGUGGCUUGGCGUUUCGGGGCGGCCAACCCAUCGCUGGAGGCGGCCAGCGCGCUGAGCAUCCGCGCGCUGGUUCAUCGGCUUUAUGGCUGCGUGGACCGGAACGACCCGAGGCCGCUCGCGCCGCUCGGCCACGGUGACCCCUCGCCGUUCGCGUGCUUCCGCGCAGCCGCCGCGGCUGAAGAGGCCGUCGCCGCUGCCGCCACCUCUGGGAAGUACAAUAGUUACCCCACCGCCGCCGGCCUCACCGAGGCGUGCAGCGCUGUGGCUGCAUACCUAUCUCGAUACCUCCCCUACGAGCUGUCGACAGGCGACAUUGUCCUUACCGCGGGCUGCAACCAUGCCAUCGAGAUCAUGAUGGCUGUCCUUGCCAUGCCGGGCGCAAAUGUAUUGCUGCCACGGCCAGGAUACCCAAUGUACGAAGCACGCGCAGCGUUGGGUGGGCUAGAGUUCAGGCACUACAAUCUUCUUCCGGACAAAGGAUGGGAGGUUGACAUUGAAGGUGUGGAGGCCCUUGCUGAUGAGAACACCGUUGCCAUUGUUAUGGUCAACCCGAAUAACCCUUGUGGGUCCGUCUACUCCUAUGAGCACCUGACCAAGAUUGCAGAGACAGCAAGAAAGCUCGGGAUAAUGGUAAUCUGUGAUGAAAUUUACGAGCAUUGCACAUUUGGAAGCAAGCCCUUCGUGCCCAUGGGUGUGUUUGGUGAGAUAGCUCCUGUGGUGACGCUGGGCGGCAUAUCCAAGAGGUGGAUGGUGCCUGGUUGGCGGCUUGGUUGGAUUGCAAUGACUGAUCCAAAGGGAAUCCUCAGGAAGAAGAAGAUUCUUGAGUCCAUCAUUAUCUACCGUGGCAUCUCAGUAGACCCAGCAGCAAUUAUUCAGGGAGCUAUACCCCAAAUCAUUGCAAACACGGAUGAUGUUUUCUUCACAAAUGCUAUGAACACGAUGAGAGAGGCCGCAGAGAUAUGCUACCAGAGGCUAAAGUGCAUGGAGUGCAUCACUUGUCCUCAUAAGCCAGAGGGAUCCAUGUUUGUCAUGGUAGAGCUGGAUAUCUCAUAUUUCAAUGGCAUCGACGACGAUAUUGACUUCUGCACCAAGUUGGCCAAAGAGGAGUGUGUUGUGAUCUGCCCAGGCAGUGGGCUUGGGAUGAAGAACUGGCUCCGUGUAACCUUCGCGGUAGAUCCUCCUCUGUUGGAGGAUGGGAUGGAGAGGCUCAAGUCUUUCUGCCUGAGGCAUGCAAAACCCACUAGAAAUCAUGCCACCUCAUGAUCUGUUAAUAUAAAUAAUAUUCUGUCAAUUGCAUGGAUGAUCCCUUGUGAUUAAAUAAAGAUGUAUAUUUGGUGUUGUAACACAUAUGGACUCCAACCAGGAACGAAAGGGGGAUGAAUCCCAAUUCUAGUCCAUUCUUUACGUGGACUCUAUCACUCUACCAAACUUUUGGGCUUUGUUCGGACUAUAUAUACACAACACUGUAAUUAUAAAUAUUUUUUUGACUGAACGUAAUUAUAAAUAUUUGGUGACUAAUGAA